CACCGCCCCCUCCCCGCCGGAUCCGGAGCUGCGCCUGCUCGCUCCGCCUCGAGGAGCUGGGCUGAGAGCGGCUAUGGCGUCUGUGUCAGCGUGAGGAGCCGGGCUGUAGUCUGCCAUGGAGGAGGAUCUGGAGUUGGAGAGGAAGGCUGUGGAAGAGUUACUGAAGGAGGCAAAACGUGGGAGAACCAGGGCUGAAACAAUGGGAGCAAUGGGCUGGUUGAAAUGUCCUCUUGCUGGUGCAAACAAAAGAUUUCUUAUUAAUACCAUCAAAAACACAUUGCCAUCUCAGAAAGAGCAAGACCAAGAAAGUGAGCAAAAGGAAGUCAGCAAAGAGCAGGAGCCGAACAAAAGCAGGAAAGAAGAAAAACCAAAGAAACACAGAAUUCACCCAUACACACCCAGCUUUCAGUCCAGAAGGAGAGUCAGCUACUCUCCUCCUAGGCACCGAAGCAGGAGCCAGCACACAAAGGAUAAGUAUGAAAAGCGAUCUAGCAAACGAUGAGGACAAGUGAAUAUGUGUUGUACAAGCCAAGAAUGUCAUUAGACAUCAGACUGCAGGGAUGUUUUGGUCUUUUUCAGAAGGAGAUGCUGUUCAGAAUUGAUUUUUGAACAGGCUACUUGUGUGAGAAGUAGCUAGAGAUAGCUUUAUAAAACUUUUAUUCAGGACCUUUAAGAGAAAAGUGAAGUGCAGCAUAAAUCUUUCAGUUCUCUGAGAACAGACAUUCCCUUCCUUUUACUCCUUUCCUUGUUUCUGACUAAGCUUAGGGUCUUUAAUAGAGAGGAAUGUGUGUGUCACUGUCUGAUACAAUUUGUUUAGUCAUAUUAUCCUUUUGGAAAAAAAAAGAAUUAAAUUAAGCUUAAGUCUAUCAAUUGUAUAAAGUUAGCAGAACUUCUUUGCUGCUUAACCAAUUGAGAAGUUUUGCUUGUUUGGAUUAAUUUAGUUUUACAGUAUCUAGAAGAAAGGAAAAUUGGUCAAUGCUUGGCCAAGCACAUAUGUUUUAUAUAGAAUAUUAGAGUUUGGUUUCUUUAGACAGUAUAAAAAGAACAGAUUUUAAAUGAGCAACACUGCUUUCUAGGAAGGACUACUAGGAAAUACUGAUCUUGUGUGUUGUAUAUUCACAAAUCUAUCAUGGAUAAUAAUAAAUGUUACCCCUGAAAAGCCAUAACUGCAAUAAUUGUCUCUGUUUAGAUUUCCCUGUGUAAGGAAGUAGUUUGAACAGUCUGUUGUCAUGGUGCUUUCAAAACAAACCGUGAAGACAAAAUUAUCGUGUCUCUGUCCACUGCUGUAAAGUUCCCAAGUAAAUGUGUAAAACUAGAAAUGCAGAGGAGAUACUGAAGAACAAUCAAAUACUUUCCAAAACACUGACGCAAUUUUUUGGUAGUACAGUUGUUAAACUUGUGACUUUGAGCACGUACAAUACACAUCAGUGUAUUCUACAUCUUUUUGUUUCUGUUUGUGUUCCAGUAACAAACUUCUGUGUGAAAUACUUUAUAUUUUGAUGUUCUCAGAAGUAUGUUGGUUUUGAACAUAGGUUUCGGUUUACGAGUGUGUCGACAAUAAAACUUAAAUUGUUCAUUAAAAGCGCUUCGUGGUA